AUGGCGCUUCAUCAACACUGGAGCUGGCUGCUCAUGGUUGGACUGGCCAGCAGCGUGUGCUGGGCCGAACCCGUGAAGGUGAUUUUGGACACAGACAUGUCGACUGAUUGCGAUGAUGUGGCAGCGACCUGCAUCCUGAAUCAGAUGCAUGCCGAUGGCGAGGUCGAGAUUCUGGCCAUCGUUCACAACACUGGUCUCUAUCAGGGUAUUGGCGCCGUAUCCGUGCUCAAUACGUUCUAUAACCACUCAAAGAUCCCUCUCGGUGCCUACAAAGGCACCUUUGAUGCCAACGCCACGGGCCAAGGCGGCGCCAACAAGACAGGCGCGUACGUGGCGGAUCUUGUCGAGCACUUUCCCUCGCCCAUCAAAAAUUACGACCAGGUUCCCGCUGCGCUGAGUGUGUACCGACAACAACUCGCAGCAGCGGCUAACAACAGCGUGACCAUUGUAUCCAUUGGCUUUAUGACCAACUUGGCGGAUCUCAUCAAUUCAACAGCCGACGAGCACAGCCCUUUGUCGGGCAUCGAGCUCGUCAGCGCAAAGGUCAAACACUUUGCUGUCAUGGGGGGCAAUUACCUACACUAUUCCACUCAUCCAGAGUGGAACUUUGGCCACAACAACAUUGGCGUGAAAACCAAGUUUGUGAUUGAGCACUGGCCAUCUCACAUCCCAAUCACCUAUUUGGGGAGUUUCGUGGGUCAAGAGGUUGUCACUGGUGCUGCCAUGACAAACCAACUCCCGACUACCAAUCCGUGUCGUCAAGCCUACGUUGAUUUCAACGGCCCCUCGAAUGGGCGUUUUAGUUGGGACCCAAUGACCACCCUCUUGGCCGUACGCGGUAUUGAUCAAUUUUACGAUAGCGUUCGUGGCUGGAACGAGGUGUUGACCAACGGCACCAAUGUAUUCCACAAUCAAACGGGCACCAACCAAGCAUACGUUGCCAUAAAAGGAGACCCACAACAAAUCGCCAACGCCAUCGACAACCUGCUUCUCAAAAGUGAAGCGCAGAAUGCUCAGGCAUAG